AUGAACGCGUGUGUGGUCGCGAUAGCGGCGACGCCUCUACUGGCCGUCGCGACGGCGUACGUAGUGCUGUCGCUGGCCAUUGGCAUUCGGUCGCAGCGGCUGCGCGCGCUGUUGCUCCACGUCGUCGCUCGUUGCCGAGGGGUCCGCCUCCAGUGGGUCACCGAUCCGACUGUGGCUCUGCAGGUGCUCAGGUCCAGUGGCGACAAGGGCGACCUGAUCGAGACGCUGCUGUCGGCUCCGGCCUGGCGCCCCAUUGUGUCGCUCGAAGCGGUGAACGGCGACCAGUGGCAGCGCAUGCGGGUGCGCUUUGCACAACUGAUCAAAGCACUGCCACCGCUGGCGAAGCUCACGACGAUUGUCGAAGCGCACAGUCGCGCGCUGCUGCACGCCGGGGGACUCGUUGAUGCACGAAACGUGACGGCGCUCUCGGUCGCGAGUUUCUUCGAGUGGGUAUUUGAACGGGAAAUGGACCACGAGGCGCUGCCAGCCGUGUGCCAAGCGACGUGGGAGUGGCGGAAGCAGCUCGCGCUCAAAGGAGUGGCUGAUGAGCGGGUGAAGCAGCGGCUGCUCGAGUGGUUCGAGGCGGAGAUCCGACGCACGCCAAAGCUGUACGAGCUGUUUGGCGAGCAGUGGGUUACGCCCGAGUGCUACUCGCUCAUUCUCCAGCCCUUUGUGAUCUCACCUGCCAUCAACCUGACUGACAUUGCGGUAGCAGUCAAACUGUGGACGAAGACAGCGCCUGUGACCGAGUCGAUCACACCCGAGAUCAUUCGGCAGUGCGUGUGCAGUGCACAUCCGUUCCCCGUUAUCGAGCGCUACUUUCCCAACGGUGACGUUGCAAUAGGCGUUGCCCCGAACACGCAUGUCCUCAUUCCGCUGGAUGAGAUGGCGGGUGCUGCUUUUGCGGCUGGUGUGGAUUUAUCCUUUGGUGCAGGUGCUCGCAUCUGCGCAGGCCGUCACGUGGCAAUGAAAGCUAUGACGGGACUGUUUACUGAUUCUCUCGUGCGCUCGGAUCGGUUUCAACCUGAGCUAGGUCACAAGUACUCGGGUCGCCACAAUGAUGGGAAGGAAACAAUGUCUGAAACGAUUUACCAGCUGCAGUUUGCAGUGCGAAUUGUUGGGUCAGCGGUUGUCCAUCGCCUCGCCAGAUUGUGUAAGAAGUGGGAAAGCAGGUAG